AUUCUAGUGAGAUGUCCUCAUAAAAGUGCUUGUAUUGCUGGGAAUUAUUACAAAUCGUUCCAUACCCCACAGGAAAAUCCAUUGCUGAUCUGACGUACAAUCCGAACUGCCAUUUUCAAAUAUGCACUUGGGUCCUCAAUCCCUCACAUUGUUUGCAUUGCUCCACUGGUCAAUGGGAGAUAAUGGAAAUGGGUACCUUGUGAACGUCAUCCCUGUGACGGAAUCAGCGCUUCAACUUUUGACAUCCAUACGUUGGGAUUACGAUUUCCUGGAGCUUGAUGAGGAUCUCCAAAAACCCGCCGUGGUUCAUUUGACGGAGGCGGAUAAAGACGAGUUUCUAUCUAAAAUCAGCGACGAAUCCCAAUUUAAGUUCGAAUUCUUGGACCUUCAAGGCAUGAUUGAGGAGGAGAGGAGACAAAACAACGGCACGCUCAGUAGACAAGGCUCAUUCGACUUGAAUAUUUACCACCCUUUGAACGAGAUUGAGGAUUUUCUCCAGUCAAAGCAGCGAGAUCAUCCAGCCAUGGUAAAUGUUACCACCAUUGGAAGGACGCAUAAUGGUCAAUAUAUUCAAAUGAUCACAAUCAAGUUAACCAGAGAAGAUAUCAAGAUGAAACCGGCCAUUUGGAUCGAUUGUGGGAUUCACGCUCGAGAACACAUUUCUCCGGCCACUUGUCUGGGUCUAAUAGAUCGAUUGAUUAACCAAGGAGAAAAAGGACCUCUGGAACAUUUCGACUUUUUCAUUCUGCCCGUGUUCAACCCGGAUGGAUAUGCCUACACGUGGUCCAACGACCGAAUGUGGCGCAAGAAUCGGAGACCUAUCACUCGAAGUUGCACUGGAGUGGAUUUGAACCGAAAUUUUGUCCCAAAUUUUGGCGGUCCUUCAACGUCGAGUAAUCCUUGCUCAAAUAUCUACAAGGGCACCAAGGCCUUUUCCGAGCCUGAGACUAGAGCCGUGGCGGUCGCUAAUCUGCAAAUAAUGAAGAAAUAUGGGCGUGACAUGUUCCCUCUCCACAUGAGCUUCCACUCCUACGGUCAAAUGAUCCUCCGGCCUUACUCACAUGGAGUGAUGCCGCCUCCCAAUCUUAGAGAAUUGGAUGCAAUUGGCAACGUCAUGUUGAAAAGUGUUGCCCGCUCGCGAUACACUUAUCGGUAUGGAACCAGUGCUGCCAUUUUGUAUGCAGUGGGUGGGGCCUCGGCUGAUUGGGCGUACCACCAGGGGGUACCGUACCCUUUCACCAUAGAACUCCCACCUCAAACCUCUGGUGGAUUCAUUUACCCGGCUUCCAAUAUCAAACGGACCUACAAUCACAUUUGGAAGAUGGUCAAUGCCAUGACACGGCAUCUAAGGCGUAAUGGUUAUAAAGUUCAAAAGCAGUGAAAAUGUGGACAAUCUGGGACGGUGACGAAGCUUAUGUAUGCACAUUGAAAUCAAUACACUUAUUGCUCCUGCAGGGAAAGAGAAGAAAGGCACUUUCAACAUU